UGUUUCCUGAACAAACCGAAAGCAGGUGUGCCGCUGUUUACAGCUUUACAGGAAGAGACAGGCUCAGAACAGAUAUCGCAAUUUGAAUUCGGGAAUACAGGAAAAGCGAUGGAAUCAUUUCCGGGUAAAGAAAAGGUUCCAGAUGAGUACCCACCAGAGGUUUUAUAUCACUGGCACAAGCAACCUGCAAAUUAUCCACAGCCCAACUGCCCGCUGUAUCAUCCCCUACCUGAGUAUGCAAGGCCCAUCUCUAGACAAGUGGCAGUUGUGAGGCCCCCUCAAGUCACAUCCCGUCAGAGCACAGCCCCUGUGAGAGAGCUCAUGUCAGAAGUGUGUGUCCAGCCUUCCCAACCAGCUGCUGUCGGCCACCCUCAAACACUGAGACGCAACAUUAGUCUUCCUGAUGACUGCAGAGACAUUUUCAUAACCUAUUCUGUGGACACUGCAGCAGAGUUGAUGCCCUUUGUGAAUUUUUUGAUUAAUCAGGGAUUCAGACCGGCUAUUGAUAUAUUUGAAGACAGAGUUAGACAAAUGGACAUCAACAAAUGGAUGGACAGUUUUUUAAAAAAUAAGUCAGUGUUAAUCAUUGUAGUGAUCAGUCCAAAGUAUAAGACAGAUGUUGAGGGAGAUGGAUCUGAUCAACAUGGACUACACACCAAGUACAUACACACUCAGAUCCAAAAUGAAUUCAUUCUGCAGAGAUGUCUAAACUUCAGAUUGGUACCAGUGCUGUUUCCCAGUGCUAACCAAAGUCAUGUUCCACUCUGGCUACAGAGCACACGUCUGUACAGGUGGCCUGAGGAUGCUAAGGACCUGUUACUGCGUUUACUCAGGGAGGAAAAAUACAUUGUCCCUCCUCUGGGCAAAGAGCUGAUGCUCACUAUCAAACCCCUGUAAAAGUGAAUCUUGUGAAAUCAUGUCUAGUUCACAUUUCACCUCAAAAUCAAAAGAAAAGAUAAGAAAAUUAUAUUUUGUUCAAAUAUAUAUUUUGUUUUCUUUUAGGACCAUCAUUUCUUGAUUUAUUUAUUUUUUGAUGAGAAGUAUGAACAUUGUCCCUCCAAAUAUUAAAAAAAAAUCGUAUUAUUCUCAAUAGUGAUUUCUCGUAGCUGAUUUUUAUUUUAUUCUACAUUUUCUUUCUAUUUCAUUCAUUUGAUUUUGGGAUGAAAGGUAACCCCAACGUGGUUUGUCAGAUUAACCCAUAAACCCACUGCAUUAAUACUCUAGAAGCACUUCACAACAACUACAGGUUAAUAGUUGUAAACUGUUUUGGAGCUACAAUAAAUGGUCUGUAAAUUAAUCUCAAUACCAACUCAGAAGCGGCUUGUGAAAAAAGCUACUUUUGUAAUGUCUAUUUGAUAUGCUUUUCUCAUUUAACACAAUAAUUACUUUAAAUUUUCUUUUGGGGGUAAUUUCUCAGCAAAAUUUGAUGUGUAAUUUAGGUGAAUAAAGUGAAUGCAAGCAUACAUAUACUGUAAAGCUCCUUUCCCAGCGGUAGUUACUUUGUAUAUGCUAUGUAAAGUGUUGCACUUAUUAAAAAUGGUUCUCACUUUU